AUGAGGUCUAUGAUAUACCAAAAGAAAGCUGGCGGAACAGUUAAAGUUCACAAGAGAGAUACAGUGGAUCAAAUAGUAGACGACGGUAUCAGAGAGAAAACGCAGUUGGAUUUGUUUAAAAGACCAAAGCACAUAAAGAGGCAGGGUCCAAGAGCAUUAUCUGCUCCAGCUUCAACAGUGAGUCUUGGCUCUGGCAGUCAAAGCAAUCAGUCGGCAAAAACUCAAGACUGGUUGAAUGAAAGCACAAUCAUAGAGCUGCAAAAAAAGGCAAUUAAUGAAAGCCAUGCUACUAAACAACUCUACACAAAUUUCAUGGAAACAGAAAGAACUUUUGUUAAGAGUCUGGAGGACUAUCUGACCCACAAAGAAUUCACUGAUCUCAGAAAGAAAGAACUUCUGCAUAAAAGAUGGACAGAAGAAGUGUAUGAGCCAAUCAGAAAGAAGAUAUUGGACACCAUUGACAAGUCAGACCGGAACGAAACUGAUUACCUUAAAAGAGAAAAGCACAGAAAGUUUCUAGAGCAUCUUAACAAAAAGGGUGUUGUGUUUCUGGAUGGUGAUGAUAGAGAAGAAUCUUCUGUGGAGGCAGUCAACUCACUGGGCAAGGUGAAAACAAAGCCUUUGCUAGACCCACUUCAUACUGAGAGUCGGCAGCGAACUGAGGAUGAAAAAACUAUUCUGCUCUGUAUGACUGGUCAUCACUAUACAAACAGUGAUCUUAGAAAGGUCAGAUUGCCUCUCUUGUCUCCAGGUGCCCGCUCAGUGACAAUGCCUUGUUACAGUAUUGAAAACAUGCCCAGAAAUAAGAACAGAUGCUCAGUGUAUGGGAACAGUGCCAAAACAAGCUUUGACUUCAGAUCCUGGGCUAUGGCAGCACAGGAGUUGCAAAUUCCCCAUAAGAGAAUGUUUGCUGAACAACCUCCUUUUGGGAAACCUCCAGUUGUCCUACCCAAAGUACCAUUUAUUGACCCAGAGGAUUUCGCUGACAAGAUCGUCAAUACAAACCCCUUCAACCUCCACAUGGCAAACUUGAAAGCAGAAGUCGAAGCCAUGAAAGAGUUUUUCCAGAUUCAGCAACAGGCAGAUGUAGAACAGAAAGAGUUGCUAAAUCAAGAUAAUCAACAGAAAAUAUAG